UUGGAUUGUCUGUGUUGUAACUGAGAGACAACAGUACAGGAGAAUCUGCUCACUGCCUUGGCCAGCGAAUAUUACCGGCAUGGGCCAUGCCUACUUAAAACCCCAUCAGUAUUUCUAGCUGUUUGUGUUCACAACCAGAUUACUGGCACUUGGGAGUACAGUCAACUUUGCUAAUAACGACUACGGAAUAACGACAAUUCGCGAAUAAUGACAGAAUUCCCAUGCCCAGAGCAAAGUCAAAUCUAACUGUAUACAUUAUAAUGAGACUUCGCGAAUAAGGACACUUCGCGAAUAAGGACACAUUUCUGAUGCCCUGCCGAGUGUCGUUAUACGCAAAGUUUGUCUGUACUUGGGACCGGUGGAUUAUGCUCGAAAAGGUGGCAGAUUCUGCUCCAAGAGCAGUGAAAUUGGCAGAACCAUACAAACCUUAUGGCGGGCAAUUCCUCGAAUUCUGCUCCAUUUCUUUAUCCACAUACCAAACCUGCAUGAAACUUACCAGAAAAAGUACCGAAUUCUGCUAAUUUUUCUGCCGGCAGAAUCCGCCGGACCCUAGUCUGUACCCACACCUUGUUGAUGAGGAGGAGGACAGUUUCUGCAUAUUUUGUCUUUGCUAUGCUACGCUGUAGGCAGACAACUCACUGUAGCUGGCGAUGGCAGGUGUGACAGCCCUGGGUAUUCCGCACGAUUUGGGACAUACACCUUUAUGGAUGUUGCAUCUGACCUAAUUGUUGAUUACCAUCUGGCGAUGUCCACAGACACAACCAGUUCAGUGGCAAUGGAGAAAAUGGGAUUCGUUGUUACACUUGACCGUUCAGUGUUUGGAGCAAGGGUUGAAGAUUGCCACUGUUGUCACUGACCGGAGCCCCAGCAUAAAGAAGGAGAUGCGAGGACGCCACUCCAUCAAGCAUCAGUUUGAUGUAUGGCACUAUGCCAAGAGUGUCGCAUCCAAGAUCAGGGCAGGAUGCAGGAGAAAAGACCAGCAGGCCUUGCUCGAGUGGUUACCAGCCAUCAAUAACCACUUGUGGUACUGCGCCCGGUCGUGCGGAGGCAAUGCCGUGCUGCUGCGUGAAAAGUGGAACUCAGUCCUCUACCACAUCGUCAACCGACAUAGCUGGACUGAGGGUACACUUUUCACGCAGUGUGCACAUCCUCCACUUUCCACCGAUGAGCAGCGACAGAAGAAGUGGCUGACACCAGGGUCUCCAGCGUACAAAGUUCUGGAAUCAGUUGUCCAAGACAAGAGACUGCUGGCAGAUUUGAUGCGCUUGUCAGAUUUUCAGCACACUGGAAACGUAGAGGUGUACCAUAGCAUGAUGACGAAGUACAUGCCGAAGCGGAUUCAAUUCAGUAGAGAGGGAAUGGAGGCCCGAACCCAGCUUGCUGCUCUCGACCAUAACUUCAAUGCUGGCAGAGAGCAGGCAACAACAUCAACAGGACAGCCACAGUACAAAGUCCAGUUUUCUCGAGUGAAGGGUGAUUUCGUUGCCAAAAAAAUCUACAGUGAAAAGAAAUACGGAUGCAUGCACAGCAUGAUGCAGCAGGUCAGUGAUGUGGCCACGAAGAGGCUGACAGUCCCAGCCAUCCAGAAGUGUAAGCCUGUCAACGUGUCGCGACGCGGGGCCCCAGUCAAGGCAACAGUUGUCGCAAACCUGAAAACAAGAUUGGCAAUGGCAGCAACAGCAGAAUCACCAUCAGUUGCAGCAGAGGAGGAGGAGGAACAAGAAGAGUACGAAGUAACGUUAGAGGAGGAUGCAGGGUAUGUGGAGGAGGAAGAAGAGGACAGCGAAGAUGAAGGACAACAGUAGUGUGUUGUUCAAUGUGAUGUUCCCACCCAAAUAUGAGCACAUGGCAACACAGCUGGUGCGUGUAACCAAUGUGCGUACUACACAAUGCGCAGCACUGAGUUUGAAUAUGGCAUGCGUUUAUUUAUCGUUCCAUGACGGAUUUUUUUACAUGGCAUCAAUAUAAUUAUUAUAUUCCUUCAAGUCCAACUUUGCUUAGCAAUUGAACAGCCAUCUCUAACAUAAUGUUAAAAUAUCCACAAGUGUCUUCACUUAUGACUCAGCUUCCCGGAUGCACCAGAGCUUGUGCUGUGCUGCACUGCGCUUGUUGUCGCCACUCGCCUAUUUCCACAUGUUUUAAGACAGCCUCUUGAACGAUUCUCGUUUUACCUUACCUUGUUUGUGAAUAUUUAUUUAUUGUCCUCCGAGUCAUAUUGGUGCGAACGCACACCUGGAGAUGCUCCAGUCUACAGCCAUGUCGUAAUGUAUUCUGUUAUUACGAGCAUC